AUGAGAGCUCAGUUUUUAGACCUAGCCCUAGAAGCAGGCUUGGGUCCAGACCCCAUCAUGAUUGCCCCCCAUGGGCAGGAGGUGAUCAACACACACCCAUCCUCAGGCAGGGAGAUCCAAAAAGCUGAAGGGGAAGACAGGACGGAGUUUUUCAUGCCCAGUUCUUCCCACUUCACCAAGCAGAAUGUUGUCUCAGUUGCUCAGUGCCAGUGCCUUUGGGCGCCUUUGGUGUGCUGGUCAAAAGAAAAUUGGGAGAAAGUGAAAAGAUGUAACUUGAUCUACAUAGGAAAGAGCUCAGAGCCACCUAAGGAAGCAAAGAAAACAUGUAGAAUUCAAGAAGGAUAUCGAGAGAGGAAAGAAGGGAGUGACAGAAGAGGCGUCAGAGUUGCAGUUCAGUCUAAAGACUCUCUGCCUAUCCAGCUCCUCUUUUAUUCUUUACAAGCAUUUACCUCAAUAAAUAUCUUACAUAUCCAAUCCUGUCUUAGUGUCUGCUGCUCAGAAGACAUGAGAAACACCAGGAGUGAUAUGAGAAAACAGGCAGUAAAGACAGGGUUUUGGAACUGUGUUACUCAGGACCCAGCUGACAAGGAGGAGCCCAUCCUAAGUGUCCCAGGAGAUCUGGACAUCCUGCAGAACAUCAUAUUGAUCCAUUACCAUGAUGACAUCAUGCUGAUUGGGCAAGAUGAGCAGAGGUUGCUAUACACUGGAGGCCUUGGGGAGACACAUGCACUCCAGAAGAAAAACCUGUUUCUGAUUGCAAGGAUGUGUCUGCUGCCAGGAGGCAGAGGAAGAAAUAUAACAUAA